AUGAGAGUAACUGGAAGGCCGAAGGGACUCUCCGGCAUUCUGACUAGUCGUAUGAGAGAUGAAUUUAACCAAAUUCUCUACUCACAGCGCGGCAUCCAUUCACCUUCUAUGAAUAUGUCACUCUUAUCAUCAUCACUCUGUGGUAAUACUAAUAUAAAUACUAUGAACAGUAAGACUAAGAGUAUUAUAUUACAUCAGACGAUAAACCUUUCACGUAUAAGUGUUAGAGCGUCUGACUCGAGUGCAAUGCGAUGGUGGUUUAGUAGACCUUCUCUUAAUGGAGCAAUAACACGACUUGGUGUAUGGACUCCUAAUUUAUCAAAUGCACUUUCAUCACAGUGUGCACGAUCCCAAAUAAGUUCAUUUAAAGAGGAGGGAUAUUACCGUCUUGCAAAACUAAAAGAUAUUCACAUAGAUGAGGAUUGUUAUAGUCUUCUCACUAUGCGUGGAAGUGGACCAGGUGGUCAAGGGACUAAUAGCAGCAGUAGUAAGGUGGAGUUACGUGUUAGUAUCUCAGCACUUAGUGAACACUUUGAUGAAGACUUAAUUCACAAACUUAAAGAUAAUGAACGUGGGAAGAGUCUUACUGCAGAUGAAUCACUGGUUAUUGUUUCAAGUCAUGAACACCGAAGUGUACAUCAAAAUAAGGAAGCUUGUUUACGUCGAUUAAGAGAAAUAAUUCAAAAGGCGUCGUGGGUGCCGCCAGUGGAGGCUGCUCCUAUUAAGCGGCCUACAUCUAUCGUUACAGCACGAAAAGUAGAACGAAGAAAAAAGGGAUCUAUGCAGAAAAUGCAGAGAGCAGCACGAAAAGGUAUGUGGUAG